AUGAAGACUUGGGGAACAGCCAACCGGGCCCCCCCUCCCUUCAAACCCGACAUGCUGUCCCCCCCAGCCUCCAGGGUGGAGCUCCUUUCCCCAGCCAAGGUGAAGGAGCGCACACAGAACGUCACAGACAAGGUCACACAGGUUCUGUCUCUGGGUGCUGACGUCCUGCCGGAGUACAAAAUCGAGGCCCCGGUCACCCACGCAUGGACCAUGCUGCACUACAGCCCCGUCAAAGCGGCAUGGGACUGGGUCAUCCUGCUCCUGGUCCUCUACACAGCCCUCUUCACCCCCUACUCGGCCGCCUUCCUAUUGGAUGAGCGUGGGGACUCGCUGCGGCGGCGUUGCGGCUAUACCUGCAAUCCACUAAACGUGGUGGACCUCAUGGUGGAUGUGCUGUUCAUCGUGGAUAUCGGGAUCAACUUUCGCACAACGUUCGUCAACCCCAACGACGAGGUGGUGACCCAGCCGUGGAAGAUCGCUGUGCAUUACCUCAAGGGGUGGUUUGCCAUCGACCUGGUGGCCGCCCUACCCUUCGACCUGCUUAUCUUCCGCUCAGGGUCUGACGAGAUGGCCACCUUGAUUGGCCUGCUGAAAACAGCGCGGCUGCUUCGGUUGGUUCGUGUGGCGCGGAAGCUCGACCGCUACUCGGAGUACGGGGCCGCUGUCCUCUUUCUGCUCAUGUGCACCUUUGUGCUCAUCGCCCAUUGGCUGGCCUGUAUCUGGUACGCUGUUGGCUACGUGGAGAGGCCCUACACUGAGACGGGUUGGCUGGACAACCUGGCUGAGCAGCUGGGCAAGGCGUACAACGCAAGUGAACCUGGCUCGGGUCCGUCCGCUAAGGACUAUUACAUCACUGCACUCUACUUUACCUUCAGCAGCUUGACCAGUGUGGGCUUUGGGAACGUCUCCCCCAACACCAAUUCAGAGAAGCUCUUCUCCAUCUGUGUUAUGGUUAUUGGCUCUCUCAUGUACGCCAGCAUCUUUGGAAACGUGUCGGCAAUCAUCCAGCGCCUAUACUCAGGGACGACGCGCUACCACACCCAGAUGCUGAGGGUCAAGGAGUUUAUCCGCUUCCACCAGAUCCCCAGCGGGCUUCGCAACCGCCUGGAGGAGUACUUCCAGCACGCCUGGUCCUACACCAAUGGCAUUGACAUGAAUGCAGUGCUGAAGGGUUUUCCAGAGUGCUUGCAGGCUGAUAUAUGUCUGCACCUGAACCGCAGUCUGCUGCAAAACUGCAAGGCGUUCCGGGGGGGCAGCAAGGCCUGUCUGCGGGCUCUGGCAAUGUGCUUCAAGACUGUACAUGCCCCACCAGGGGAUACACUCAUCCACUCAGGCGACAUCCUCAACUCUCUCUUCUUUGUCACUCGCGGUACCAUCCAGGUCACCCAUGAUGAUGUCGUGGUGGCCAUACUGGGGAAGAAUGACAUCUUUGGGGAGCCUAUCCACAUGUAUGCAGAGCCAGGCAAGUCCAACUCUGACGUGCGCGCCAUCACUUACUGUGACCUGCACCGGAUUCAGAGGGAUGACCUUCUCGAAGUUCUAGACAUUUAUCCAGGCUUUGCCGACAACUUUUGGGCAAACUUGGAGUUCACCUUUGACCUAAGAGACGCUGACCAGGUCCCACCAAUACUGUUGGCUGAUGAUUCUGGUGAUGAUUGUGGAUACAGUCGUAGUAAGCCACGACACAGGGGACACUCCCUGGACUGUCGCAACGGUCCUGACGGCAUGGACCAGGACGACCCGUACCCCUACCGCCAACGCCAUUCGGUCCCACAGCCCCCCUGGGAGGAGGGCUGCAGCUGUGAGUCGCCUUGCUCCCAGUCCAGCGAGGACCUAAACAAGCCCCUAACCCAAGGGGGCAAGGUGGAGCUGUACCCUCCGGACGACGAUUGGCUGGAAUACUCCCCCUCAGUGGUGCGGCUGAAGCCCCCUAGUGGCGCCACAGUGGGCAGAGAGGCCCCCAUGGACAGGGCUCAACCAGCCACCUCUAACCUCUCACCGAACAUGUCUGGGUAUGUUCAAUACUGGCCAGAGAGGCAGUCGGUCCAGUACUCCAACAGGCAGUGGCGCUCCUCUUCGGUUCGGACCUCAUACCACCCGCCCCCGUUCACAGAGGAGAGGCCCAGUGAGCUGGAGUCCCGACUGGAACUAUUACAGUCACAGCUCAACAGACUGGAGAUUCAAAUGACUGCCGAUAUCAACGUCAUCCUGCAGCUGCUCCAAAGGCAGAUGACGCCGGUACCGCCCGCUUACAGCACUGUGUCAGCCAUAGACUCACCUGGCCUAUAUGGGAUGGGUGCGCCAGUGUUGCACACCAUGUACCAGAUCCCACCCAUACAGAUGGACAACCAAGCAUCCACGCAGAGCUCUGCCCAGCCUGACCUCAAGUUGCCCCUGAAAUCCCAGGAGUCGCUGUCCAGCGGUAUCCAUCUGACUGUUGAGUCCGACGACACCAUGUCCGUCACCCCGGAGAUGGAGCCGACUGUGUCACUCUCCUCCCAGCCGACGGUCAAGCGGUCACUGUCUCUCAUGGAAACGUCCAGACUAAGUGGCAGCCUCCGCUUCCCCUCAUUGCCCGGGAAACUGGACGCCUCAGGGCAGGCGGAGAUCCAGAAACAUCUCUCAGAUCCUGUGCUUUCUGUGACCUGA